UAUUUAAAAAGACUUUAACUUAAUUAUUGCAUAUAGUAAUAGUUUAAUGAACUAGGUACUGAAGUCAGUCACUCAUCCCAGACAAUACCUAUCAACAUCCCUACUUACCGAAACAAGAAAUUCCUGCAUUAUACAAUGUGGCCUAUUGUGAUGGCGUUCAUGAGGACAUAUGCUCCCUACAUUACGUUGCCUGCUGCGGCUGUCAUUGGCUUUAUUGGGUACAACAUAGAAAAACAGUUUCGUACUCCUCCUCCCCCAAGGCCCUCCGUAGAAGAUCUCCGUAAUGAGAGACUUUUGAAAGAGAUACUGGAGAAUGAUAAUGUGGCACCAGAUCCUAUUAAAGAUAAAACUUUUGUACCGAAGACUGUCUUCGAAAAGAAUGUGUCGCCUGGUAUAAAAGAUGACUGAACACAGUCAACAUUUAUCUGGUUUUGCUCAGUUGCCCCGUGGUGCUCUAUGAAUUCUGUUUGAAGGAUUUUAUAAUUAUUUAGAUAGGCCAAUAUGAUUUAAAAUUGAAAACUGUGUGCUAAAAUGUAGUAAAGUAUUUUGUCAUUUACAUUUGAUUUGUCUUAUACAGAAGGGAUAAUAUUUUUUUGGCGUAAGCUAAAGGUAAAGUAUUGUAGUUUCAUUGUAUUUAUAUGGGAAUACCAUUAUGAACACAUUUAGGCAAUUCUAGGAGUGCUUAACAAGUGCUGCUUGAAGGAAUGUACAGUCAUCUUGAAUUAUAUGCACUUGUUUACAUGCCAAAAUGACAUAUAUAGUAGUAUAGUUAUAUUUGAGUUAUCCUUACCCAGUAGUGGACUGAAGUGAUGGGUUGUUUCUUUUGUGUAGGAUUCAUUUUAAUGGUAUCAAGACAUGGUGUUUAAGAAAGAAGCAUCGUAAGAUCCCUGUUUUUGGUAAUCUUGAAAUUGAAACUUCAUAAGGAAAGUCGUAAAUGAAAAUGAAACAAGCCAAGUAAAUAUUCCUCGUAAGUGUUGAUAAGGAUAGUUUAUAUCUGUCAACAAACGGCUUUUUAUUUAGCUAAUGUUGUGAAGUGUAAAGGUGGUAACUAGGUAUGUACUGUACUGAUAAUAUCAUUAACAGAAUGUUUGAGGCAUGGAAACUUUGCUUGUACAGUACUUUUCCCAUUAGAUCUUGUUUGAGACAAGUAGACAUUCUGUUUUUCAUAUAAUACUGUAUGUAUAUUUUUCAUAGGCAGUUAAAGAUAUAUAAUAAUGUAGGCAUUGAUGAAUGUACAAACAAUUUACACUAUAAGUAUGAAAGGCCAAUAUGCCAAGGCAUGUGAUGUAAAUAAAAGGCAGGUAAAAAAGGUAUGGAUACUAAACAGGUACUUUUUUUUAGCCACAGCAAAAACUUACCAAUUGAUAAGCAUUGUUGUAUAAAAGAAUGGCUUACUAUGGUGUAUCAAAGGAUUAGGAGCAGAAAUAAUUUAAUAAGAAUAUGUGUGCCAUCUUGAAUGGUGUGGAAAAAAAAAAUGUUUGUAGACUGUCACAAUGACUGUAAAAUCCGAGCUGUUAAACACUGCAUAGUCACUAGUUGGCGAUUUGAUUUUGUGAUGUUCUUUAAUUUAAUUUUAAAGGCAAAAUACUUUUUUUUUGUAUUUUUUGUAUAAGAGGGGGAAUUUAAUUUUAAAGGCAAAAUACUUUUUUUUUUGUAUUUUUUGUAUAAGAGGGGGAAUGCUUUUUCUAGCUCAGCUCUCCAGUAAAGCAAGGGAUUUAGAGAACGAAAAGGGUAUAAUACAGAAAGAAAUGAUAGACUGGCCUCUUGCAGGAUAGAAGGUUGAAAAGUCAAGAAAAAUACCAGGAUGAUAGUUUUAGAGCUUGGUAGUAUAGAGAAAGACACAGUGACCUUUUGAAUUAUGAAGGGUUUCUGGAUAUUUUUUUUUUUAAUGGGGGGGCCAUUGAAGGGAGAUCACUGCCAGUAGAGUUUAUGAAGUCGCUUUGGAAUUGAUAAUUUUGCUGUAUGCUGUAUGGAAAAGGGAUGACAGUGAAUAUGGCAUCCAAAAUAGUAAAGAAACCACAGGACAUAUGAAGAGAUGAGCUGUCACCAAAAGAUUAAGACACUAAAAGCAAAGGCAGUGCUCUGCCUUUCAGAUGGUGAAAUGGAAAUGGUAUAGGUCACCAACAAGUGACUUUUUCUGUGAAAGUUAUUUACUUGUAAUAAUUUGCUAUCUAUUACUUAAGCAGUUUAAGAGGUGCAGCUUCCAGUAUUGUAGGUAUUGUAAAUACUGAUAUAAGAGAAAAAAUUACAAGUUAAAAUUAUAGUUUUUAACCAAGCUUUCUGCUUUUUAGAGGGUCUACUCAAAUCACAAAAUUUAUUUGACUGUGACUGCUGCAGUAAAUUGUACUUUAUGGAUAUUGUUGCAGAUUUUUGUAAGUUUUUAAAAAGUUUUAUAUAGGUUAUACUACUAUUACUGGAACUUGGAAUGUGCUACAUCAAAUAAUUUACAGCUCAUUAUUGCACAUUUAAUUUGGCGUAGGGUACUUUCUUACAGCUGAUGUGGUUUAUAGGUAGUUUUAAAAGAUAGUAUAAGCAAGAUCUUAGGAGUAUAAUUCUCAAAUCUUGCUGAACUGACCUUUCAUUGAGGAAAGUUUAUACUGUAUAUAUUUAGCCCUUAUAAACUAAGGUUAUAUGGACUAUGGGAGGGGUUAUGAUAUUCCAAUCAUAGUGUACUGAUGGUAAUUUUGUUGUGAUAAAUUUUGGGAAAGUACUUAGUUUUAUAGUUCUUUGUGGUGUUAAAGUGAUUAGAUUAUGGGUGUGGUCAUGAGAAUUCUUUCUAUGUUAGCAGAAAUUGUGGGACAUUAUUGCAGGAAUGGAUGAGGUGUCUAAUUUUAAGAUUACAGGAACUGGGUCUAAUUGUAAGAGUACAUGAACCGUAUCUCAGAUUUGAGACUGCUCAGCUAACGAGAAAUGAAGCUGAUUUUAUGAAAAGGUGAAAUCAUUGGGAAUUAAUUCAAGGUGACAUGUGCUGAGUAAACAGACUUUCUUGUUAAACUGUCAAGUUGUGAAGAACUUGAUGUCAGUGUAGAAAUAAUAAAAGCAUCUGAUGCAGAUUAUGCUCAUUUCGAACAUGUUUUUUCAAAGCACAGUAAUAUAGUUGUACAUAUUGUACAGUACUCAGUUUUGGUUUUUUGUUGCAAGCGGGUUUGACUGCUUUGCUUUUGAAAGAUUGAAGUCCACAUCUGAAAAUAUUUGGAAAUAUUACUUCAUACAGUGCAAUAAAGGCAUACAAAUGAUGUAACAGUACUUUCAAGAAGUGGAUAGCAUUGUAACAAUUGGCAAAGGUUUUUAAAGGUUAUAUUGUAUAUUUUGCUACAAUAAACUGUUUUUAACUUUGAA